AUGCUUACUCAACUACAGACACUUUCUAAUCGAAAUCAAGUGGGUCGUGAAUGUUUAUAUGCAUGGUAUCCAGAAGUUAUUGAUAGAAAUCAACCAGCACCCGAUGCACGAGAAAUUUAUAUAAAUAAUGGAAUAAAUAAAGAUUUAAUAAGAAAUGGCAACGAAUGUAUCAAUCGCUAUGAACAGAGUAUCACUCCUAGCGAACAAAUAUAUCGAUCUGCGGAAACAAUAAAUGAAGCAUUGACAACGCCUUGGGCAUUACAUUACGAAGUGAAACGAAGACCAGCAUCACCGAACAUUGCAUCGAAUGAGAAAUACAGUGAAAUGAGUACUUUAGUUGAACAACCACGGCGAUUGAAGAGUGCGCCAUUACUUCGUGGUAUGCCACCAACGCCGAUUCUAAAUAUUCCUCAACCAAGAAAUUUAGGUGUAUUUCGACAAUUACACGAACAGAAUCAAGAUAUAAAACCUCCGCGAUCGUCUUCAGCCAAAGCUCGUCUAAAUACUUCUACUAAUAGUAAUCAAGAUACUACACAUAAAGAACAAACGACAAUUCCGAGACAAACACAAUCGGCGCAUGUAAGCAGAAGUCAAUCGCUUAAACAUCGUAACAAUGGAAAAUUAUCCGAUAAUGAAAUACAAAUGCUUUUUACAAAGGUGUAUGGUAAACCAGCAAGUCAGCCGACACCACCACCAUGUACUGACCAAGUUAUUAUUACACAAAUUGAACCAUCAUCACCUACACCACAGCCAAUUUAUGCUUAUACAAAAGCAAAUUCAUGGUGUGGUGAAUUGCCAAAAGAUAAUGAAGACGAUAAAGACAUUGAAAGAAAAAGUGUAGUUAGUGAAAUUCCAUUAAAUCCAUACUAUAUUCAUCGUCCAGGUGUCAUAGCCAUUCCGAAUGCUGAUAAAAAACCAGUCGUAUUCGUAACAAAUUCAAAUGAUAACAAAAAUAUCAAACGACGUUUCAAAAUGCGAAAAUCAAAGAAACAUGACAGCAAACGACAUUUACUAAAUGAACCAUUAUUGGCACUAACACCGAUGUAUGAUGGAAAUUAUUCAAAUAUUGAACCAAGAAAAGCUGAUUAUACUAACAAUACAUUUUCAGUAGAAGCAGGAGGCGUCAAACUGAUAUAUGAUCCAAAUAUAAGUCUAGAAGAUCCAUCACCUCAACUAACCAAAUACCUUGUUAACGGCAGAUUAUAUCUUAUUAAAAAUCAACGAUAUAAUUUCAUUGACAAUGUAGAUACAAAAGAAUUAGAAAAAUAUAAUGAGAACUUGAAACUUCAUGAACGUCCGAAAUAUUACCAAACAAUACCAAUUGAAAAAUUUAAACCAACCACUGCCCCACCUGAGUUGCAUUACAAUGCCUCGGAAACGUAUUUUUAUAAUACAGUACCGAAACAAUCACAACGUUAUGUAGUUUCUCCCAAUUGGAUAUCGGAAGAUCUUAAUGUACAUAAAAUUUCAUUGAGAAAUCGUCCACAAACCAGCCCUACCCCGGCUCUUUAUCGACGAGAUGUUGCAUUAGCAUGUUAA